AUGUAUACUGAUCUUUACAAGAAAUACUAUAAUGAAGGUACAUCCGUAGCACGCAAUGCUAUUGCUAUGGACAAAGCUGGUAAUUAUGAUAUGGCAAAAACUUUUUAUUUACAAGCAAUAUCAAAAUACAAGCUUGCCCUCCAGCAAAAGGAGAUAUCAGAUAUGAUGAGAAAUCAAAUUAAUGAAAAUAUCAAUAAAUGCACACAUAGAGUCGAAGAGCUUGAUGAUAUUAUUAGAUCUUCUGAGGUUGACAAGGCCGGUGGAGCUGGUUCUGUAAUGAAAACAAAGAAAGGAGGACCAAGUACAGGCAAAGAUGACCAAGCUGAGUCAAACGAAUUUAUUAACAAAAUGGAAAAUUCCAUUCUUAUCGAAAAACCAGAUAUUAAAUGGUCAGAUGUUGCAGGCCUUCAAGAAGCAAAGAGGGCUUUAGUUGAUACAGUCAUUAAUCCAAUUAAAUUCGCUAAAUAUUAUACAGGUGAUCGAGAACCAUGGAAAGCCAUUCUUCUUUAUGGUCCUCCUGGUACUGGUAAGUCAUUCCUUGCCAAAGCUACAGCUUCCGAAGCCAACCAAUCAACUUUUCUUACAGUUUCCACUUCUGAUUUGACUUCAAAGUGGGUUGGUGAAUCCGAAAAGCUUAUUCGUGCACUUUUCGAGACAGCCAGAAAACAUACACCAGCAAUUAUCUUUAUUGAUGAAAUUGAUUCAAUUUUAUCCAACAGAACAGAGAAUGAUUCAGAAGCAUCUAGAAGAAUGAAGACAGAGUUCCUUAUCCAGCUUGAUGGCGUAGGAAAAUCAAUGGACGGAAUACUUCUUCUUGCUGCAACUAAUAUUCCAUGGGAUCUUGAUCCAGCUGUUCGCCGCCGCUUCGAAAAGAGAAUCUAUAUACCACUCCCAGACAUUGAAGCACGCGAAGGUGUACUUAUGGGCCGUUUGAAGAAGAAUGUAAAUAAUCUAACACCUGAUCAAGUGAAAAGACUCGCGGCUAUGACAGAAGGAUUCUCCUGCUCUGAUCUUAAGAACCUUUCACGCCAAGCUGCUCAUCAAACAAUGAGAAAAUUCGAAGCCGCCCAAUUUUACAAAGAAGUCAACGGAGAAUUCUUCCCUUGCCCAGAAAAUACUCCAGGAUGUGUUAAAAUGAACCUCCACGACCCGAACUUCCCAAUUGAUAAAGUUCCUGUUCCUCCAAUCACAUUUGAAGAUUUCAAGGACGCUAUGCACAAAGCGAAGUCUUCUGUAUCUCCUAAAGACAUACAACAGUUUGAGGAAUGGACAGCUUUGUUCGGUGAAGAAGGAAAUUAA